AUGCGAAAGCCGCUAACCAUACUUCUGCUCAUGCUAGCGGUAUGUCAAGCGAGACCGAAUGCCGACGAUACCCUCUACGACGAUAUUGACGAAAACGAAGUUCGACAAAUUGAUGUUGAUUCUAGCGAAGUCCCAAAAAUCCCGAAAUUGAGCAGCCACGAGAAAUGGAACAUGAUCCGUGCCAGUGGACAAGAUCCGAUGAAGCGUCGUCGCAAGAACAAAAACCAGACGGAGCCGAACAAAGGACGCAACCGUCGCGACCUUCUUUUGGCCCCCUGGAGAAUUCAACAAACGGUGCCGAAGCGUCCACCACCACCUGCGAAGAAAGCAUUGGCUCUUCCCGUCGACGUCUGCCCUCCCAAGUUUGAUGCGAUCACCAAGGGGUACAACGGCAGAACCUAUGUGUUUGCACGCGAGCGCGUCUACCAAAUUUGGUAUGAGGAUGGACUUCCACAAAAGGCUUCGUUCUUGAUCAACGAGUUGUUUGCUGGCGGACCGAGAACUGUCACCGCUGCUCUCACCAACAAUCGUUCCGGCGUCACCGUGCUGUUCGACGGACGGACUGCGUAUCGCUUUCGAUGGAACCGCAAGCUCAAGAGAUUCCAGCUCGGCCGAAACACCCCGCAGCCACUUCCGCGUAACAUCACAAUCACCCCACAAGCUGGUUUCGAAUGGGCCGAUGGAAAUCAAGUCUUGUUGAGUGGUGAGCACUUCAUCAUCUACGAUGCCUACUGGAACUUGGCCACUUUCACCGGACACACUCGUCGCUAUUUUCCGAACUUGCCCCGCGAUCUCCUCGGAAUCAUCUACAACAGCGGCGACAAUGUUCUCCUCAUGUACACCAAGAGCAAUAAACUCAAGGUCUACAAUGUCAAAAAAUUCCGCGUCGUUCAGGAAUACCCAUUGAAGCUCAACGAGUUUGUUGGUUGUCUUUCGCACUGA